AAGCAAAGGACGGAGCUCGGAAUAUCUGAAGGAUGGUGACCCAGGAACCGCCCCGGUGCUGCGGCUAUUUCAAUGUCCGCUCGGUGGUGUUGGGAGUGGCCGUGUAUUAUGUGUUUGUCAGCCUGCAGGCCUUGGUUUGGCAGACGGUGGCCGUGGUUAAAUGCAGCGGGGGGUGCCCGGGGCCGUGGAGUUCGCCAGGGUCUGUGGCGGUGAUUUACUCCCUUGGGCUGGUACUGCUUGUCCUCAGUCUGUGCCUACUCUAUGGAGUUAUACGCAGACGCCCCGGCCUCCUACUCCCGUUCCUGGCCUUUCAGAUUAUCGACUUCCUGGGGUCGCUGCUACUAUUCUGUGGCCUGUUCAUGCGCUUCCCUGCCGAGCUGAGGCUGAUCAGCACCAGGCCUUACCUGGCUGGCAUGGAGGAGAAGGAAAAGCCAUCGGUAGUGGAGGAUCUGGUUCUUGUAGUGUUCCUCUCCUUACUGAUGCUCCUGCUCAAGUUAUACCUGAUCCGCUGCGUGCUCACCUAUUACCGCUUCCUCCUCACACGCUCACCCCCGGCACAACCCGAAGACGAUGGUUUGGCAGUGAUCGUGGUACCUGGCGCUGAGAAGAACCCUCUGCUUCUGCCCACCUAUGAGGAGGCGAUAAAAAUGCCAGCCAAGGAUAGCCCCCCACCUCCCUACAGUCAGGACCCUCCCCCAGCACAGCCACAAGGCAAGGAGACCGAAUAAAGUGCUGAUCUUUUAUAAGGAAUGGAUCAUUAGAUCAGGGAUCCACUAUUCACACCUUCAGUUGAGACUGCAUGCUGAUUUCAGAUCUCCAUGGGGUUGGGGGGUGAGUUCCAGUCUGUGCUGUAUAUUAAGGCUUGAUCUAAUGCAAAUGUUCUUCAGCCAGGCCCAUGUCCCUCCUGGCCAGCAGUUGUUGAACGUCCAGUCUAACCAGGAAAACCCUACACUUGUCAUACAAGAUACCCCUCCACAGCAAGUGGACACUGAAACUACCACAUCUGGGAUAAAAUACAGUAUUUACAUCUCUACACCAAACUCUGCUCCGAUUUCAGACCCCCCCUCACUCAUUUCAUGGCAUAAAGCAUGUCAACCCUUUUUCCGAGUAUGGCCGUCUUUGCUAGUAAUGUCCCUUUUGUGGCCAGUAUGUCCCUCGGUUUGAGAUAAUCACAGGGUGGGUUUUGGACCAGGCUUGGACUGUGCAGCCAUGGCGGUUGGAAGUAUUCUAUUGCUAUUGUGACCUUUGUUCCUAUCAAAUGUUUAUAAACUUCAAGGCAGUCUCCAAGAUACAAGUUAAUGGGAACCUGAGGGUUUCUCUGAAGAAAUGCCCUGUCAUGGCGUGUGUGUCUGUUUUUUGUUUUUCCCAUUGGGCCAGCUGUGCCAUUUGCUUAGAAGUAUAUUCUUUGCUAGUGGCAAUCUGUUAUUGAACAGCUCAGUGAUUGGCAUUUUGUGAUAAAGCAGUUACAAUCAUAACUACAGAUAUAAGGACUUUGAGUUGUUUUUUCUUUUUGCCUUGCAGGACUGGAGGAUUGUAGUAGUAAACUGUAAUUCUCCGCCCUGCUCAUAGAUCACGUGGUAAUAAGGAUGUGUGACCGGGAUUUCCGGCUCUUGUCAGUAUGCAGAAGUGCAGUUAAUGUGCUAGUUUCACUUUACUCAUUUUACAUCUAUGAACAUACCAAAAAAAACUAUGAAAAUGAGCAGGUUAGUGUAAUGAGAAAUGGGCUACUGAAUAGGCAAGUGGAGGGCCCUCAUCAUUUACCGAAGGACAACACAACAUCUUCUGUAGAUCAUACCACAAUAAAAGUGUCUGUCAGUAAAGCAAAAUGAGUAAGUAGCAAUAAUGUCAUUGGAAAAUAGUGUUCUUUAAAUUACCAUGGGAAAGCAAAUACUGACUUCACACACUGUCUUAAGAGCACAACCUUGUUAAAGGGAUGCUGCCAAAUCACAAGACCCUUUAAAUACAUCACUAGCCUUACAGUUCAGUGAGCUGCCACACAUAGGUGAAGUCAUUUGCUGCUGUAGUGGCUUCAAAAAGUGACCUGUGAUUGGCUACUGCUUUGGCAAGCUGUUGGCCAGACCUCAGCUUCACAUAUUUAAUCAUGGCCACAACAGUGUUCAAUUGCAGGACAGUGGCUAUA